AUGAGGUUCGGCGAGCAACUCCAGUCGUCUAUGCUGAGGGAAUAUCACCCCUACUACAUCGCCUACGACGACCUCAAGAAGGCGCUGAAGACUGAUUAUGUCACGCCCCCGACACCCGACACACCCAAACCCGCCCGGCGCGAGUGGAACGAGGAAGACGAGCGGAACUUUGUCGCAUUGCUAGAGAGAGAGCUGGAAAAGGUCUUUCUCUUCCAGAAGCGCAAGAGUGAGGAGAUUGUCGAGAGUAUCCAAGCAAGUGAGCUAGAUGUCCAGGAUGUUGUUGGUCGGCUGGACGAGAACACCAGCAACCGUCUGCAGAAUGCGCGUCCCGAGGACCGCCCUUCGGACGAGGACUUUCUCAUGCUGGAGCAAAUCCUGAGUGAGAUUAUUGCGGAUGUGCAUGAUCUGGCCAAAUUUACCCAGUUGAACUACACUGGCUUCCAGAAGAUUAUCAAGAAGCACGACAAACAAACCCAAUGGUACCUGAAGCCCGUGUUUGCGGCCCGGCUCAACGCCAAACCGUUCUUCAAGGACAACUACGAUGCCUUCGUUGUCAAACUGUCCAAGCUGUACGACCUGGUCCGUACGCGAGGUAACCCAGUCAAGGGCGAUGCGUCCGCUGGUGGGACCCAGCAAAACUUUGUGCGACAGACUACCAAGUACUGGGUGCACCGCGACAAUAUUACGGAGCUCAAGCUGGUUAUCUUGAAGCACCUUCCUGUUUUAGUGUUUAACGCCAGUAAGGAGUUCGAAGAGAAAGAUACGGCCAUCUCAUCUAUCUAUUACGACAACCCAGAGACCUGGGAACUGUAUGAAGGUCGUUUGAAGAAGACGGAAGGUGCCGAGGCUAUUCGUCUGCGCUGGUAUGGAGGAAUGGAGAGCGACCAGAUUUUCUUGGAGCGCAAGACCCAUCGCGAGGAUUGGACUGGUGAAAAGUCAGUCAAGGCCCGGUUCUCUCUCAAGGAGAAGCAUGUCAAUGCCUUCCUUUCUGGCCAGUAUACCGUCGAGCAGGCGUUUGAAAAGAUGCGAAAGGAAGGCAAGAAAAGCCCGGCUGAGAUCGAUGAUUUGGCACAGCUCGCCCGUGAGAUCCAGUACCGGGUCAUCACUCGCCACUUGGUUCCUGUCGUUCGCACAUUCUAUCAUCGUACCGCAUUCCAGCUCCCAGGCGACGCCCGUGUUCGGAUCUCCUUGGAUACCGAGCUCACAAUGAUUCGUGAAGAUAACUUGGACGGUCGCCGCCGUGCUGGUUCCAACUGGCGCCGUAUGGACAUCGGAGUCGACUACCCCUUCCCCCAAUUGCCCCCCGAGGACAUUGACCGAUUCCCUUACGCGGUUUUGGAAGUGAAGCUUCAGACUCAGGCUGGCCAGGAGCCUCCGCAGUGGAUCCGCGAUCUCACUGCUAGUCACUUGGUCGAGGCAGUUCCGAAGUUCAGUAAAUUCAUUCAUGGCACGGCAACUCUAUUCCCAAGCCGAAUAAACCUCCUGCCCUUCUGGUACCCGCAGAUGGACGUCGAUAUCCGCAAGCCCGUCACGCAACAGUAUGGUAUCCACAGACCACUUGCCAGUACCACGCUCUCCGCGAAUGAUGAUGACUCUGAUGACGAUGAGACUCCUGAUUCUGACCGUGCACCCAACGGGUUCCCCCAUUCAACCUCGAACGAACAUCUCCUCUUCACUGAGACAAACGGCAAUGAACUCGAUAUCGAGGAGCGGAUUGCCGCCCAGCCGCUGCCAGGCGACGAAGACUAUCCUCUGUACGACUCAGAUGACGAGAGCCUCUACCCGGAUGAGCUCGAAGAAGCUCGCCGCGUUGGAGGAGCUUACUAUUACAAGCAGCUUGCCAAGUACUACCUGCGUAAAACCAAGCAGCGUGGGAUUGCUGUCCUUCAAGGCACUCGUCGCAGCCUCAAACGAUUCCAGGCACCUCCUGGCAAGCGUAUCUUUGUUCCCGUCCGUGUCGAGCCCAAGGUUUACUUUGCUGCAGAGCGUACAUUCCUCUCUUGGCUCGAGUUCUCCAUCAUCCUUGGUGGUAUUGCGGCCACUCUCCUCAACUUUGGACUUGACUAUAUUUCUCUAGCCUCCGCCUGGGCUUUCACUAUCCUAGCUGCCAUGGCCUUGGUUUACAGCUUAGUCCUCUAUCUCUGGCGUGUGGAUAAAAUCCGCAAGCGCCGGGAUGUCAAGCGUGUGUACUAUGAGCGGUGGGGCCCUACUGUCCUUAGUGCGGGCCUUGUUACUGUGGUGCUCAUCAAUUUUGGCCUUCGUCUCAAGGCUGGUGGCUUUAUGGCUGCCCCAGGUUUGAGACAGCCGGGCAAUGGGCGUGGUGAUGAGUUGUGA